AUGCUUCAUCCCGAGAAUUCGUGUGUCCUCGUCUCCGCGUCAGGAAAGGAGAUGGCUCAGAGCAGCACAUCUCACGACUCCGGCCCUCAGGGCCUGAUGAGGCGGCCAUCUCGUAGCGCCGCCACUACUAUGUCAAUCGAAGUGUUUGAUCAUGAGGUUGUUCCAGCCUCCCUUGGCACCAUUGCUCCCAUUCUUCGUGUUGCUGCUGAGAUUGAACAUGAGCGACCUCGUGUUGCCUACCUCUGUCGAUUUUACGCAUUCGAGAAAGCUCAUAGGUUGGAUCCAAGCUCUAGUGGCCGUGGUGUUAGGCAGUUCAAGACACUUCUUUUCCAACGUUUAGAAAGGGACAAUGCUUCGAGUCUUGCUUCUAGGGUGAAGAAAACCGAUGGACGGGAAGUUGAGAGCUACUAUCAACAGUAUUAUGAGCACUAUGUCAGGGCACUUGAUCAAGGGGAUCAAGCAGACAGAGCUCAGCUUGGUAAAGCAUACCAGACUGCCGGAGUCCUCUUUGAAGUGCUCAUGGCAGUAAACAAGAGCGAAAAAGUUGAAGCAGUAGCUCCUGAGAUUAUUGCUGCUGCUAGAGAUGUCCAAGAAAAGAACGAAAUUUAUGCACCGUACAACAUUCUUCCACUGGAUUCUGCUGGAGCCUCGCAGUCUGCUAUGCAGCUUGAAGAGGUCAAAGCCGCUGUAGCUGCCUUGGGGAACACUCGUGGACUGAACUGGCCAUCUGGAUUUGAGCAGCACAAAAAGAAAUCCGGAAAUCUGGAUCUUCUUGACUGGUUAAGAGCUAUGGACAAUGUCAGGAACCAGAGGGAGCAUCUGGUUUGUUUACUUGCUGAUAAUCAUAUAAGGUUGACUCCCAGGCCAGAGCCUCUGAAUAAGCUCGACGACAGAGCCGUUGAUGCCGUCAAGACAAAGCUCUUUAAGAACUACAAGAACUGGUGCAAAUUUUUAGGACGUAAACAUAGUUUAAGGCUUCCUCAAGGUGCUGAAGAUAUACAACAGCGGAAGAUACUGUAUAUGGGUUUGUAUUUACUCAUUUGGGGUGAAGCUGCAAAUAUUCGCUUCAUGCCAGAAUGCUUAUGCUAUAUUUUCCACAAUAUGGCGUAUGAACUCCAUGGUCUCUUGGCUGGAAAUGUCAGCAUCGUUACUGGAGAAAACAUUAAGCCUUCUUACGGUGGAGAUGAUGAGGCAUUUCUGCGGAAGGUCAUUACACCAAUCUACCGAGUAGUUGAAAAGGAAGCAAAUAAGAAUGCCAAUGGCAAGGCUGCUCACUCAGAUUGGUCCAACUAUGAUGAUCUGAAUGAAUAUUUCUGGUCUUCGGAUUGCUUCUCUCUGGGAUGGCCAAUGCGUGAUGAUGGAGAUUUUUUCAAAUCAACGCGUGAUAUGGCACAGGUAGGGAAAAAGGGCUCUUUACGAAAAGCGGGAAACACAGGCAAAUCAAAUUUCACCGAGACUCGAACAUUUUGGCACAUAUACCACAGUUUUGACCGACUCUGGACAUUCUAUUUGUUAGCACUUCAAGCAAUGAUCAUUCUUGCAUUUGAGAGAGUAGAGCUGAGGGAAAUCUUAAACAAGGAUGUUUUAUAUGCUCUCUCCAGUAUCUUCAUUACAGCAGCUUUUCUACGCCUCCUUCAGAGUUUCUUGGACGUCAUCUUAAACUUCCCAGGUUUCCACAGGUGGAAAUUUACUGAUGUUUUGAGAACUAUUCUCAAGAUCAUUGUAAGUCUCGCUUGGUGUGUGGUAUUACCGCUUUGCUAUGCCCAGUCCGUUUCUUUUGCUCCUGGGGUGCUCAAGCAAUGGCUAGCAUUCCUUCCGCGAGUUAAAGGGGUUCCCCCGCUCUAUAUCUUGGCUGUCGCUCUUUACUUGCUCCCAAAUGUUCUGACGGCUAUCAUGUUCAUUUUCCCUAUGCUUCGACGCUGGAUUGAGAAUUCAGACUGGCAUAUAAUUAGAUUGCUUUUGUGGUGGUCACAGCCAAGAAUUUACGUUGGAAGGGGGAUGCAUGAAAGUCAAAUUUCACUCAUAAAGUAUACGAUUUUCUGGCUGUUGCUUUUCUGCUGCAAAUUUGCAUUUAGCUACUUUCUACAGGUGAAACUUUUGGUGAAGCCAACAAAUGCAAUUAUGAGCAUCCGUCAUGUAAAGUACAAAUGGCAUGAGUUUUUCCCCGAUGCAAUUCCAUGGAUAUCUCACGUUUUAAUUUUGCUUCAGGUUUAUUUUAUGGACACUCAAAUUUGGUAUGCUAUCUUCUCCACUAUAUGUGGUGGUGUCAUUGGGGCCUUUGAUCGAUUGGGAGAGAUAAGAACGCUUGGAAUGCUGAGGUCCAGGUUCCAAUCAUUACCUGGUGCAUUUAACACGUAUCUGGUUCCUUGUGAUAAAACAAGGAGAAGAGGGUUUUCCUUGUCGAAAAGAUUUGCUGAGGUCACAGCAGCAAGAAGAACUGAAGCCGCAAAAUUUUCCCAACUCUGGAAUGAAAUAAUUAGCAGCUUCCGAGAGGAAGAUCUCAUCAGUGACAGGGAGAUGGAUUUGUUGCUUGUGCCUUAUACUUCAGACCCUAGUUUGAAACUGAUUCAAUGGCCACCAUUUUUGCUAGCAAGCAAGGUUUGUGGUCUCCUUUUGUUAUUCCAGAUACCUCUUUUCUUUUCGACUAUCGAUAAAGUUCUCUUCUUGGAACAGAUACCCAUAGCAUUGGAUAUGGCAGCUCAGUUUCGAACAAAAGACUCUGACCUCUGGAAGCGCAUAUGUGCAGACGAGUACAUGAAAUGUGCUGUUAUUGAAUGCUACGAAUCUUUCAAACAUGUCUUGCAUACUUUGGUAAUUGGGGAGAAUGAGAAAAGGAUUAUUGGUAUCAUCAUCAAAGAGGUGGAGAGCCACAUAUCAAAGAAUACCUUCCUUGCGAAUUUCAGAAUGGCUCCUUUGCCUGCUCUUUGCAGUAAAUUUGUCCAGCUUGUCGGAAUCUUGAAAGAUGCGGAUCCAUCCAAAAGAGACACAGUGGUGCUGUUGCUUCAAGAUAUGUUGGAAGUCACUACUCGAGAUAUGAUGCAAAAUGAAAACCGUGAAUUAGUAGAACUUGGGCAUACUAACAAGGAAUCCGGAAGGCAACUUUUUGCUGGUACUGACGCAAAACCUGCUAUACUGUUUCCUCCAGUGGCAACAGCUCAAUGGGAUGAACAGAUAAGACGUCUUCAUUUACUCUUGACUGUAAAAGAAUCUGCAAUGGAUGUUCCCAUAAACCUUGAAGCACGAAGAAGAAUUGCCUUCUUUUCAAAUUCACUGUUUAUGGAUAUGCCUCGAGCUCCCCGUGUCAGAAAUAUGCUUUCCUUCAGUGUUCUAACUCCGUACUAUAGUGAAGAGACUGUCUACUCUAAGAACGACCUGGAAAUGGAGAAUGAAGAUGGUAUAUCAGUUGUAUACUAUUUGCAGAAGAUCUUCCCAGAUGAGUGGACCAACUUCUUGGAGCGUCUUGGUUGUAAAGAUGAAACUGCGGUUUUGGAGAGCGACGAAAAUAUAUUGCAGCUUCGCCAUUGGGUUUCUCUAAGGGGGCAGACUCUGUUUAGAACAGUUAGAGGCAUGAUGUAUUAUAGGCGGGCAUUGAAGCUUCAGGCUUUUCUUGACAUGGCUACUGAAAAAGAAAUAUUAGAAGGGUACAAAGCCAUUUCAGAGCCAACUGAGGAGGACAAGAAAAGUCAGAGAUCAUUGUACGCUCAAUUAGAGGCAGUAGCAGAUCUCAAAUUUACUUACGUUGCUACUUGCCAAAACUAUGGAAAUCAGAAGCGAAGUGGAGACCGGAGGGCUACAGACAUCCUUAAUCUAAUGGUUAACAAUCCCUCUCUCCGUGUGGCAUAUAUUGAUGAGGUUGAGGAACGUGAAGGGGGAAAAGUGCACAAAGUGUUCUACUCGGUGCUUAUCAAGGCUGUUGAGAAUCUUGAUCAGGAAAUAUAUCGGGUAAAAUUGCCUGGUCCAGCAAAAAUAGGAGAAGGAAAACCCGAAAAUCAGAAUCAUGCUCUCAUCUUUACAAGAGGAGAAGCUCUCCAGGCAAUUGACAUGAAUCAGGACCAUUACCUGGAAGAAGCACUGAAAAUGAGGAAUCUGCUCGAAGAGUUCAAUGAAGACCAUGGAGUUCGUGCACCCACUAUACUUGGUUUCAGAGAACAUAUUUUUACUGGCAGUGUUUCUUCUUUAGCAUGGUUCAUGUCGAAUCAAGAAACAAGCUUUGUGACCAUUGGUCAGCGAGUCCUCGCAAGUCCUCUGAAGGUCCGGUUUCACUACGGUCACCCUGAUGUCUUUGACAGAAUCUUCCACAUCACUCGUGGUGGCAUCAGCAAAGCAUCACGCGGCAUAAAUCUUAGCGAGGACAUCUUUGCUGGUUUUAACUCAACUCUGAGGCGUGGUAAUAUCACUCAUCACGAGUACAUACAAGUAGGGAAAGGAAGAGAUGUUGGAUUGAACCAGAUAUCCCUCUUUGAAGCCAAGGUUGCUUGUGGUAACGGGGAGCAGACACUGAGUAGAGAUCUCUACAGACUUGGGCAUCGCUUCGAUUUCUUCCGCAUGAUGUCCGCCUACUUCACAACCAUAGGCUUCUACAUCAGCUCGAUGAUUGUUGUCCUCACAGUUUAUGCAUUCUUGUAUGGAAGACUCUAUCUGUCACUAAGUGGAGUGGAAGAGGCGAUAGUGAAGUAUGCAGCGGCUAAAGGAGAUAGUUCACUCAAGGCAGCGAUGGCCUCACAGUCGGUUGUGCAACUGGGUAUGCUUAUGACACUGCCCAUGAUAAUGGAGAUUGGGCUAGAGAGAGGAUUCAGAACUGCAUUGUGCGACCUAAUCAUAAUGCAGCUUCAGUUAGCGCCUGUCUUCUUUACUUUCUCGCUUGGCACAAAGGUUCAUUACUACGGACGAACCAUACUACACGGAGGAGCCAAGUACAGAGCAACAGGUCGUGGCUUUGUGGUGAGGCACGAGAAGUUUGCAGAGAACUACAGGAUGUACUCGAGAAGCCACUUCGUGAAAGGAAUGGAGUUGAUGGUUCUCCUGAUAUGUUACAGGCUGUAUGGUAAAGCAACAGAGGACUCAGUAGCGUACGUGCUUGUGCUGGGCUCAACUUGGUUCUUGGUUGCUUCCUGGUUGUUCUCUCCCUUCCUUUUCAACCCCUCGGGAUUCGAGUGGCAGAAGAUAGUUGAUGACUGGGAUGACUGGAACAAAUGGAUAAGCAGCAGAGGAGGCAUUGGAGUGCCAGCAGUCAAAAGCUGGGAAUCCUGGUGGGAAGAAGAGCAAGAGCAUUUGCUUCACGCUGGCUUUUUCGGAAAGUUCUGGGAGAUCUUCCUCUCCUUCCGCUACUUCAUCUACCAAUACGGAAUUGUCUACCACUUGAACUUAACCAAAGAGAGUAGACUCGGAAAACAGCAAAGCAUCAUAGUAUACGGACUCUCAUGGCUGGUGAUAGUUGCGGUGAUGAUCAUACUGAAGAUAGUGUCGAUGGGGAGAAAGAAGUUUAGCGCAGAUUUCCAGCUGAUGUUCAGAUUGCUCAAGCUGUUUCUCUUCAUAGGAUCAGUGGUGAUAGUUGGAAUGCUAUUCCACUUCCUGAAACUGACAGUGGGAGAUAUACUGCAGAGUUUCUUAGCGUUUCUACCAACGGGAUGGGCUCUGCUUCAGAUCUCGCAAGUGGCAAGAACACCAAUGAAGGCUGUAGGAAUGUGGGGUUCGGUUAAGGCAUUGGCUCGAGGGUAUGAGUACAUAAUGGGGGUUGUGAUCUUCAUGCCAGUGACGAUUCUCGCCUGGUUCCCCUUCGUCUCCGAAUUUCAGACAAGGCUUCUUUUCAACCAAGCAUUCAGCCGUGGCCUUCAGAUUCAACGUAUCCUUGCUGGUGGUAAAAAACAGAAGUGAGACGAGACUUUCACCACUACUACUUGUUCUCUUCUUUGAAACUCUUCUCUGAUUUUCUUAUCAUUCUAUUGCUUCUUCCUCUUAAAUAUGUUACUACUUUUAUCCUCGAUUCUUUUAUUUGUGUAUUUGUGGUAUCCUCUUUUAUUAGUAAACGUUCAGAGUUGAUGUAAAACAAAUUAUAUUACCUAC